CUGAAGUGUGGCACCAAGAUCUUGGCAGGUCAGGCUCCUCCCUGCUCACUGCAGCCAAUCAACAUAUGAGAAGAUUUAAGAGUCAGACACUACGGGAGAGUCCUUGCAGUCAGGCAACUAUUCUGGCUAAAGAGAUGAGCCUGGUGGAGGACAACGGCCCGGCAACGGGCUGUUGCAAUGGCAAACUCAGGCAGUGGCUGAUCGAUCAGAUCAACAGCAGGCAAUACCCUGGCCUGGUUUGGGAAAACCAUGAGAAAACCAUCUUCAGGAUUCCUUGGAAGCAUGCGGGCAAGCAGGACUACAACAGAGAGGAGGAUGCUGCGCUCUUCAAGGCGUGGGCUUUGUUCAAGGGGAAAUAUAAAGAAGGCGUGGACAAGCCAGAUCACACCACGUGGAAAACCAGACUUCGCUGCGCCCUCAACAAGAGCAACGACUUUGAUGAGCUGACGCACCGAACCCAGCUGGACAUCUCCGAGCCUUACAAAGUCUACAGGAUCAUUCCAGAAGCGACAAAGAGAGGUGCAGUAGCAAUACCCAAGAUGAGCGUCAGUAUGGAGGAUGCAUCGCAAUCUUUUGGUUUGAUCUCAUACUCAACAGCAAACAGCCAGAUGCAAACACACGUGCUCCCGCAGGAGAUAAGAGAAUGGAGGGAUUACAAACCUGCAGAACAAUACCCCGUUGUUGCUGCUGCAUAUCACUGUGGAUCGCAUGGAGAGCUGCCGUAUGCUCAGUGUCACUUCCCUUUCCCGAUGAGCCGAGCUUGGCCUGAGCCACCUUCAGAAAACGGCUUUCCGUUCUCCUUGCGCCCCUACUUGUCAGAGCCCCAACAACCUUUGGCCAUGACGGACAACAGCAGUAUCAUAGCAGAUUGUAGCCUGCAUGUGUCCCUAUUCUACAGAGAAUCUUUGGUGAAGCAGGCGACCACCAGCAGCCCAGAAGGUUGCCGCAUCACCCCUCCGUCCUCCUCCUCGCCACCGCCAUCUUCAUCCUCCUGCUUGCCAGAUUUUCACAGCGGGGCGGAUAUUGUUCUCUUUCCGUUGCCGUUCCCCGAGUCUCAAAGGCGGGGUGCAGAGAGGCUUGCUGAUAUCCUGGAGCGGGGAGUGCUGCUGUGGAUGACGGGCGACGGCCUGUAUGCCCGGCGCCUUUGCCAAGGACGCGUAUUCUGGGAGGGGCCCCUCGCUCCCCAUGUGGAUAAACCCAAUAAGCUGGAGAAAGAGCUGCCAUGUAAAUUGUUUGACACCCAGCAAUUUCUGAUUGAGCUUCAAGAUUUUGCCCAUAAUGGACGACGUGUACCGCCACACCAAGUGGUUCUCUGUUUUGGAGACGAGUACCCCAAUCCACAGCGUCCAAGGAAGAUGAUUACAGCUCAGGUGGAGCCAGUUUUUGCCAGAAAAUUGGCCAACUAUUACCAGAAGAGCAAUGACGACUACUGGCAGACUUAUCAACACAACCAGGAACAGAACACACGUCCAAAUCCCCUCCCCCUCCCAUAGACCCUCGCACAUCAAGGAGUGACACAUACAAGUGCGACUUUUUUCACAACUCGAAAUGAUAGAACGCAGAGAGUCACCUACCGAAACCCCUCUGCUCCCCACUCACCCCCCACCCCCCAGCACACCUUACACAGAGCCGAGUCUCUUUAUACGUUAGUGUGAGUGUUUGUGACUGUGUGUGAAGGAUGCGGUUUCCGAGCGAGGCUAUGAGGUUAGGGCACUCGAACAGGAAAUGCUACCGCAGGUGCACAGGAUGUACAACCCCUCACAAAAAACACAGGGAUAACGCAAUUCUUUGAAGAAAUAUGUGCAAGUUCUCUCAUAGCAUUGGAACGACAAGGUCAAAUUCCCGAGUGUUUGUACUGGUGACAUUUUGGGUUAGCGAUUGAAAGAUGAAUGUGAAACAAAAGUUGAGAAUUCCAGCUUGCAUUUCUUUAAAUCCAACCACUUUUUAAGUGAGCAGAAGUACUGAAAUGGAUGUUAAUAAUGACAUGAACUGAAAGUGAAUGACAUAGAAUAUUUGCUGGUGUGACCCUUAUUUGCAAUAACUGCAUCAAGCCUGACCCCCCAUUGACCGUUGCGUCCUUCAUUUGAAAUGGUAUCCCUAUCCUUCACUGCAGCCACGUUCAGUUCUUGUUUGUUUUUUGGGGUUUCCCGCUCCCGUCUCCUUUUCAGGAUCAAAAAAAUUGUGCUCCAUUGGUUUAAGGCAGUGCUUCUAUAUUGUUUUCUGUUAUCCCCCCACGCCCUAACGAGAACAUAACAAUUCAUACACCCCACUUUCUGCCGCCACUAUAAAAUAUCAUUUAUCUCCAAAAUUGUUAUAAGAAAACCUUGUCUCACAAUGGAGAAAUUUGUAAUUUACAGCAGCAAAAUUUGGAGGGAAGAAAGUAGAAAAAGCACAAAGUAUUUGCAUGCACAAAAGAAAUGUAAAAAUACGAGUACAACUCUGCAUUAUAUUACGUCCUUAUUAACAUUGAAUAAAACGAAUGCAGUUAAACUUACAGCAAAGAAUAACUUUAUGAAUACAGUAUUGUUUUUUUAGUCUGUAGCAGAAAGGAUUUUACAUGCAUCAAUUUGCUUGAAGAAAAAAAUCCUUGUUUAAACUGUAAACAUUUUUGACUAACUUAUUGCACCAUUUCAUUGUGAAAACUAAAAUGAAAUAACAAAUUCAAAUUCAGGUCAGCAACAUUAACUCAGGAGCACAAUACAUAUAUAUAUAUAUAUAUAUAUAUAUAUAUAUAUAUAUAUAUAUAUAACACUUUAGUCUCCAAAAGAAAAAUCACAAAAACAAUUUGUGCAGAUUUUUAUUUUUUUUACAUCGAAUUGAAGUCAGGAUUGAUGGCUACGAUGAGCACGUUUUGCACAGCACAAUUUUCCGGCUUAUCAGCGUGAUUGAGGUGUAAUGUCUUUAAGUGGCGCCUUGAUUUAUUUGACUUUGUGCUGUCCGCAGCCAGCAUUUUUUGACACAGUCAACACACCGGUCUUUCCUCGUCUGUCUCCCUUGAUCGUCAGCGUGAAGCCAAGCGCUACAUAAGCUACGUCAUAUUUCCUGGUCUUAGGUGGGCGACUUUCUUUUGUCUCAUUAUCUUCGUCUCUCGCCGCCUUUCUUUUCAUCCCUGUU